AUGCCAUCCGAAGAACCUUUAACAAAAAAAGCAAAAGUUGAUCAAGUUGAUUUAGACAAAAGAAAAUUAAUUGUUGUUCUUGAAGAUUGCUCUUUAGAAACUGCAAAAGUUGGUGAAAAUUAUGCUAUAUUAAGUUCUGAUAAACAUGUUAAAUAUUUAUUAAAACAUAAAAAAGAUCCAGCUGAAUACCGUCCGGAUAUAUUACAUCAAUGCUUGCUUAAUUUACUUGAUAGUCCUCUUAAUCGUGCAGGUCUUCUUCAAGUAUAUUUUAAGACAAAAAAGAAUGUUCUUGUUGAAGUAUCACCACAAUGUCGUAUUCCAAGAACUUUUGAUCGCUUUUGUGGAUUAAUGGUUCAAUUAUUGCAUAAGUUACAAAUCCGUUCAGCAGAUGAAAAAACAAGAUUAUUACGAGUAAUUAAGAACCCUAUUAAUGACCAUCUGCCAAUUGGAUGUCCAAAAAUUUUGUUGUCUGUUAAGGCAACAGAAUGUGUUAGACCAAAUCAAAUUCCAAAAGGUAAUCCUAAUGAUAGUUAUGUCAUUGUAAUAGGAGGAAUUAGUAAAGGUAAAAUCUCAACAAGUUAUACUGAUAGAGAAAUGAAAAUCAAUAACUACCCUUUAUCUGCAGCAUUAGCAUGUGCUAAAAUUACAAGUGGUUUCGAAGAAGUUUGGGAUAUUUUAUAA